AAGAUAAUCAAUCUCUUCUCCACCGUCCAUCACUCCCCUCUCUUAAAUCUCAACCGUCCAUUUCCACCAAAAUCAAAUUCCCCCCAAUCUCCACCAAAGCCCUCCCCUCUCUCUCUCCUGCCCCUCUCUCCUCUCUCUCUCUCCCCCAAAAUGGCAGCAGCUCUACAACAAUCCCCGAUCACAUUCCACUCCAGACUACCCCUAUCUACUCGAGUAAUCACAGCCAAAUUUCACACCCACAGAGCCACAGGGGCAGCCCCGUUCAACGGCGGCUUCUCGUCCGCCGUUAGAAUCCCCAGGCCGGCCGUUAAAACAGCCGGGAAAAAACCACGGGGCGGCACGUUGAGGGUCAGGGCGGCGGACGUGGCCUCCGAAAGCUACGCCUCCGCGCUGUCCGCGGUGGCGGUUGAAACCGGAACCCUAGAUGCCACCGCCGCCGACGUGGAGAAGGUGGCCAAGCUGUUUUCCGACCCUGAGGCCGCCGAGUUCUUCAAUAACCCUAUCAUCGAGAUCGAGGAGAAACGAGAGGUUGUCGACCAGUUCGCAUCGGAGAACAAACUCCAGCCCCACACCGCGAAUUUCAUCAACAUCCUGAUCGAUAAUGACCGGAUCGAGCUGAUCCAUGAAAUCUUGAGCGAAUUCGAAAUCGCUUACAACAAACUGACUGAUACGGAGGUGGCGGUUGUUUCGUCCGUGGUGAAACUGGAGUCGCAGCACCUGGCCCAGAUCGCAAAGGGAGUGCAGAGACUGACGGGGGCGAAGAACGUAAGGAUCAAGACGGUGAUUGAUCCGUCUCUUCUGGCAGGGUUCACUGUUAGGUAUGGACAUACCGGGUCGAGCAUGAUUGAUAUGAGUGUGAAGAAGCAGUUGGAAGAUAUUGCUGCUCAGCCCGACUUAAUGGACCUUCAAUUUGCUCUCUGAGUUCGUAACACCAUUCUUUUAGUUGCCGUUUUCAGUUGGAGGCUUGUCAUUGUAUUUGUUCAACUGGCAUGUGGUUUUACCAGUAUAUAUAUGUGUCCAGCAAUUCCGAAUUGUUCAAUGUGAAUUUUAAUCUUCUAUUGUUUGGAUAUUUACUUCUAGUGGAGGAAAAUAAUGCAGAAAUUUUGUUUUA